GAAGAAUAGUUUCAGUUUUAGCAGAGAGGAAGGCUUGUCCAAGGGCAGGAUCGCCACUGCUAGGAGACAGGGUAUCCGAACAUAUAAUAAUGGUGGACACACGGGCGGAAAGUGGUGUGGGGAAGUCCGGGGAAACCAAGAUUCGGCCCGCCAGUCCGCGAUUCCAUGGAGAUGAUGCCGAACCCGAAGCCGUUCAAAGCCAUUCAAAAUCCGAUUCGUCAAUGCUUGUCCGGGGUUUCCGGGGAACUCCUUUCCCUUCUUUUCCGGCUGGCCACGGGUUUCUGCAUUGCUUUCGUGCAGGUCUUUAUCCUCAGUCAGUUUACAGUUUGCCACCUGCUGACGUUGCUCAGGACAUCGCCAGUCCCUGUUGAGAUCUUUUACUACCUACCGUCCCGCCUUCCCGCCUUCCCGCCUUCCCGCCUUCCCGCCUUCCCGCCUUCCCACUCCCCGACCAAAGAUGAGCUACGUGACCAAAGAGGCUACUUGGCCAGCCACUACACUCCAAAAGGGAGUAAAAGAGGUCAUUGCUAGGUUCUAUGAGCUCGCCGACUCUAAAGAACCUGACGCGGGCCCGCGAAUAGCGAACGAGGUAUUCACCAAGGAUGCCACUCUGGUCUCGGUUUCUGGUACCUUCCAAGGAUUUUCAGAUAUUUCCGCGAGCCGCGACAAGGCAUGGGUCGUGGUGAACUCGAGACAGCACAGUAUUAGCCGAGUUUUUGCGGGCGACGAUAAGGGCUUGGAGCUUGUACUUCUCGGAGCUGUCAAGACGGGUUUUAAAAAUGGCCAGGUCUUGGACUCUCCGUUUGCUUGCCACAUUACGGUUGAUGCCUCGAGCGCCAAAUCGGGAGACCCUCGCCUUAAGUUCAUGGAGGUCUUUGCGGUAAGUAGAGUUUUUGGUUGGAAUCUAUGCUUCAUCUAG